UCCCCUUCUGCUCUCCCAAAUUCGAACCAGAUCAAGAUACCCCAUUCAUCAUCAAUUCCAUCAUCUUCAAUUAUUGUGUGUGUGAGAUAGAGAGAGAUGGCAGUGAACAGGGCUGGAUCUUGCAAUCCGGCCGUCGUGAAGAUCGGAAUUGUGUUCUUGGGGCUGUCUUUGGUAGGUUAUUUACUGGGUCCACCUUUAUACUGGCAUCUUCUUGAAGGUUUAGCCGCCGUCCGCCGCUCUUCCUCCGCCGCAUCUUGCCCUCCCUGCAACUGCGAUUGCGAUUCCGAUUCCAGGCCUGUCCUCUCCAUCCCUCAAGGACUUGGCAACGGUUCCUUCACAGAUUGUGCAAAGCAUGAUCCUGAAGUGAAUGGGGACACAGAAAAAAACUUCGCCGAGCUUCUUUCAGAAGAACUGAAGCUACGUGAAGCCGAAGCUUUAGAAAGUCAGCAGCGUGCUGACAUGGCGCUGCUCGAGGCCAAGAAGCUGACGUCUCAAUAUCAAAAAGAGGCCGACAAGUGCAACUCGGGUAUGGAAACGUGUGAAGAAGCUCGCGAAAAAGCCGAAGCAGCUUUAGCGUCGCAGAAACAAGAAAGCGCGUUAUGGGAACAAAGGGCCCGCCAAAGAGGCUGGAAAGAAGGCGGUGUUAGGGCCCGUGUGCAAUCUCAGGGAGGCAUCGAGACCUUCUGAAACUAGGUACAUUGCAUUUGCAUUGUGAUAAUAUCAAGUUACAGGAUCAACUAUCGAGUGUUGUUUUGUUAUCGGUAGCUCAAAAUCGAGCUCUUUUUUUGCAUCAAGUUUUUACAUGCUAGUUUGAAACAUUUGAUAGUAGAGGUAGAGGUGAGAAAAAAGCCUUUUUGGGUUCUUGACGUUGGAUAUCGAGUAUGAUUUAGGCUCGACGAUGACAAAACUGUUGAAAACUCGGGUUAUAGUUUUCGAGCGGUGUUCGUUUUGUCUGAACUUUUUGUUCUUUGUAUGUACUACUGAAAUGAAGGUAAAGUGUUGAACCAUGU